AUGGGGAUCAAGGGGCUGCGUGCCCCAAUCGACCUGUUCCUGCAGGCGUACAUGAGGAAAAGCGUAUUCCAGUCAAUCCUCGCGCUGAACCUCGGCGGUGGGCAGAGUGUCUUCAUCGGCUUCCAGCCGAGGGCCGGAGUGCCGCUGAUUAUAUUGGCUCAGGGAGGUCAGGACGAGUUGCAUGAUCUUCGCAACGGGGUGCCGCAUGCGGCCGGAGGUAGGACAUCGGCCGCGGGUGCAAAAGGGGGCGGCAAAACCCCCCUUGGCCUAGAAUGGAGUAAGUAA